AUGGAUCUUCAGGGGACUAAAGAGGCCCGAACGCAGGAGGAGGGUGCCGACGGCCCGCUAGAUGCUUACGGCGCUGGCAGUGGCCGUUCAAAAGAGUAUCAUAAGAGCGAUGGGCGCGAUGCUCACAGCCAUGAAACCCCGUCGAAUGUGCACCCUCUUCGCCGCCGCCAGCCACCCUUCUCCUACCCGCCUGGCACCCGCCCGCCCACCGCUGCCCCGGGAUCGGGAUCGGGAUCGGGAUCGACCUCCCAUGCUACACCCCGGCCCCGCGAGCCGUCGCCCUCCCCGGAGGCUAUCAGCAUCCCGCAAGCACUCGGCCUCGGCUCCCGCGACCAACGGCUCCUCUAUAAGGCCCGCCGAUAUCCGCCUGUCACGAAGCGGACACUCAGCGAGCUCGAUCUGCCCUGUAUCAUGAGCAACAUCAAUCUCCGCAUGGACGCUAACUUCGACCGCGACCUGCACUUCAAGCCCGACCUAGAUGGCGAAAAGGGGAAGCGCAAGCGGAAAGACGCCGCCGACUACUGGGAUUCGAUGGCCACGGAGAUUGCCAUCUACGCAUACCGCGCUGCAAACCCGGAUGAUGACGUCGAUGAGAAAAGUUCCCGGGAUAGCAACUCUAAGCGCACAUUCGAGCCCCGGCUACCAGCCAUGUUUGAAACGUUGCAAGAGGUCAUAAAGACGCUUGUUCCGGAGCGCGAUCAUCCUAGCGUCACGCAGAAUCUCGAGGUAUCUUUGCUCAUGCAGCAGGUCCGGAAGGGCGUGCUCGAUAUGGUUGCGCUGGCGACGUGGAUGGCAGCGCUGCUGAAAACGCAUUGUGCGCCGAUGCGUGAUGAAUGGUCAGAUCGGAUGGUGGAGCAGAUCACCGAGGGCUCGCAGUCGCAAGAGCCGAAAGAGAUCGUAAAAGGAUUGCAGACAUUAUUUGCUAUUUUGGAGGCAAUGAAGUUGGACGUGGCUAACCACCAAAUACGAACGUUCCGCGUUCUUCUUAUUGAAGACACUGUGCCUUUCUUGCAAGAGUACUUCGAAGGCAAAAUCAGCCGCGGCAGCUUCCAAGUUGAGCCCGCCCGGCUCUGGUACCUUGCAGCGCGGGACCGAGCCCAUAAAGAAGACGAGAAGAGUCCAACUGCGACCCAAUCAGACGACACCUUCAAGCCACUCGAGGCACUGUUCCGCGGUAUAUCAGACCGGCUGCUCCAGUUCCACCCACCAGAAGACUUCCCCGAGACAUUCCUUUUCGACUCAGACCGGCUCUGGCAGCUGCGCUCGACGAUCCAGAACCUGAUUAACCUCGAGAUCGCAUGGUAUAUCUUCGAGUCAUACGUACACACGCAGAAACGCUAUCUCUCUUCCCGCGACGAGACCUAUUCCACUUUCCGCUCGCGGAUCUGGUCGCUCAUGGAAGACGAGCUAUGCUCCGAGGGGCGGUGUGCCACCCCAGACGACGACCCUGAUCUGCGGGGUAGCAAGCGCUGGCUGCAGAACAUGCGCUGUAUCGCGCUAGAAAUCGCACGGUUUGCUUGUGCCGCGUGCUGCCUCGAUGUCGUCGUUGCUGAUGAGGUGAUCUCUCCAAUCGAGGCCGCCCUCGAGUGGCAUCUGUCCAACGAGUCCGAGCUCUUCCGGUACUUUCAGAAUGCUAUGCGCGAGAAAGUUCUGGCCGCGACGCUCGCCUCCGCACGGAGAUUCCUCCCCCUCUCGCCGCUGGCUAUCUGCGAGUCUCAGCGCACGGUGCCACCGCCGCCCACCGCGAAUGGCCCCGCCCCAACCAUUCCGUCGUCUACGGCUAGUACACCCGCCGUCUCGUGCUCAUCCUCGUCGCAGUCCAUGUCCGCACAGCAAUACGACAUUGAGCGCAUUGGCAUGCGCCUUGCACACAUGGGCGUCUUGCACUGGCGCGUAUGGGCUUCGCUACUAUAUUUGCGGGAUGGGGCCGCUGAUGCAAACCCCAAUCCACCGGCGUUCGUAUAG